AUGUCCAGGUUCAUUCUGCAAUCCACCCUCUCAACCCCAAGUUCGACCACUGCAGCGAUGAAGUUCCUGCUACCAGCCGCCAUCGCCCUUGCUGCAGCGACUGCCCACGCGGAGGAUUUCUGUGGUAGUACCGACAAAGAGAACGGCAAAGUUGAAGUCGGAGCGUACAAGAUCGUAAACAACAACUGGGCCGUUGCCGGCAAGCAAUGCACGGGUGUGGAUUGGAGUGAAACCACGACUAUCGCCUGGCACACGAGCUACAACAUUACCGGUGACCAGAGGUCGGAAAUAAUAAUUGCGAUUCAAUAA